AUGUAUGUGAAAUGGUUUGAUACAGGAAUGUUAAACUAUGUGAUUUUAGUGAAUGUCACUUUUACAAUUUUUCAAAUUUCCCGCCAGUUCAGUCCUCCGUAUGUCCCGAUGUAGCAGGGAACAAAACCCGGAAGACAGAUGCCGGCAUCCGCCAGAGGACAUUACAGGGGACACUGCAGGGGGGGACAUCGCGGGAGCGCAGGACAAGGUAAGUGAAGAAGAGAUCCCGGAGCAGCGCUGCAGUGUAUUCCCUAGUGUAGCUCGGGGUUACCGCUUUUGGUGCUGAAACUUUACCCUGAGCUACACUCGGGAAUACCUCCAGGGAGGUUAA